GGAGCUUCGACAGGAGGUUGUCAGUCCAACAUGGCGUGGAGAGGAUGUGUCAUGAAAUGGACCAAAACACAGCUGAUCAGCAGGUCACACAGCUCCGCUCCACGAGGCUGCAGCAAAACUGCUGCUUCCUCUGGUCAAAUCAUGAGGGGAAACCAAAUGGUGAGGUCGUAGUUAAAGAAGCCCCACCGCUGAAACAGAGUCUCUACAACCAACAGAGGUGUGGAUUUCGUCGUGAGGCCAAAAGGCCGGACACAAAGAAAGGCAAUGGCAGCCAGGAAACGAAUCCUUCACCCCAUGAAGCUGGCACCCCAGGGCCCCCACCUCCUCCAAAGGUCCCCAGGCCGACACUCUUCACACCGCUGAUGUUCACAGUAGGGUUUACAGGCUGCUCCUUUGGUGUUGCUGCCAUUCUGCAAUAUGAGACGCUGAAGUCAAAAGUUCAGACUGCCAAAGAUGAAGAGGAGUCAGAAGAAUUGGAGAAGGGGUCGCAGGACACAGCAUACUGGCACGACUGGUGGAACCAGUUGUCGGGCUUCCAGCGACAGCUCAUCCUCCUAAUGUCGAUGGCGGACGACGUCUGGAGCGGCCUCACAGAGGGACAGAAGACUGUUACAGGUAUUAUUGCAGUGAACGCUGUGGUCCUGUGUUUGUGGCGGAUCCCUUCGAUGCAAAGAAGCAUGAUUAAGUACUUCACUGCCAACCCAGCUUCCAAAACUCGCUGUCUUCCCAUGGUCCUGUCGACCUUCAGCCACUACUCCCUCAUCCACAUGGUGGCCAACAUGUAUGUGCUGUGGACGUUCUCCUCAGGCAUCGUGUCUCUCUUGGGAAAGGAGCAGUUUCUUGCGGUCUACCUGUCUGCCGGUGUGGUUUCCAAUAUGGUUAGCUACUUGUGUAAAACAACCUCUGGACGUCUCUAUCCAUCAUUAGGAGCAUCCGGUGCAGUCAUGGCGGUCCUGGCUGCAGUCUGUGCAAAGGUGCCCGAGGCCAAACUAGGCAUUAUCUUCCUCCCAAUGGUGACUUUCACAGCAGGAAAUGCUCUGAAAGCACUCAUUGCCAUAGAUGCAGCAGGGCUUUUUCUGGGAUGGCGGCUCUUUGACCACGCAGCUCACCUGGGCGGAGCCCUCUUUGGAGUAUGGUACGUGGCGUACGGAUACAAACUCAUUUGGAGAAAGAGGGAGCCAUUUGUAAAGCUGUGGCAUGACAUUCGUUCUCUGGGUGCUGGUGGAUCCAGGCCUGGAGGUGGGGCCGGUGGUGGUGCUGGAGGACCCAGACCCCAAUAAAACACUGCAAGGUCCCUGUAGCCCAGUUACCUCCGAAUAUGCAAGGACACUUUUAUCCACUGAGAUGGAGUGGGGUUUCUACUGUUUAUUAUAAAAUAUAGUUUUUCAUUCUGGUUCUGAGCAUAAGCUGUUUCGUGGUAUGCAAUUUAAAACCGGUCACAGGAUGUUGCACUGCAGAUGUUUACUGGAUGGAAGGAUAACGUCACAUCAGCUGCCUCACAAGUAAAACCUUCAUGAAGAUGUCAUCACUCUGCUACCUCUCGAUAAUCUGAAGAUAUUUAACGCCCAACCUUCAGGUCUUUUUUUUUUUUUUGCCAGUCACAUUACCACAAUGUUAGCCCGGACUUUUUGUGACUAGUGUUGAUCCAAUCCAAGGAUAAUAUAAGUGGCUGAAUUUAAUGUGAUAUAAAUUUCUCUGAGUUGCUCUUAUGUUGCUAUUAAAACUGGAUUUCCCGAU